AUGGGUGGAGAAAUCAGAAAGAUUCCAUCUUGCAUCGCAUUGAGUAAUCCGCUGCGGAAUGGCAUUUCGAUUACAGAUGUUGCGCCGCUAAGUUUAAGUGCUAAAACAGCUCAGUAUGUAAUUUUGAGUGGCGAGGCAUCAAAUAACUCUUUGAUUGCUGCAUGGAAUAAUCUACCAAUGGUUGGCUUUUCGAUUCGGAAAGUUACGAAUCUAUAUCAGAGUACUUCAACAUUGCUUAACUUGAUUCCCAGAAACACAGUGAUUCCAACUGAAAGAACAUAUCCUUUCACACCUGCAAGGGAUGUGACAAGACUCUCUGUUGGGGUUUAUGAAGGUAAAGAUGACGAGAUGGAGGACAACAAUCUUAUUGGUUAUUUCAUCUUUGAUGGAAUCCAAGCACCUGAAAUGGGAUUACCAAACAUCACAAUAAGUUUUGCUGUUGAUCAUGAUGGGAUUUUAAAUGUAACUGCUGCUGAGGAUGGAAGUCGUAGACGACAAUUGGCUAGGCGGGUGAUUAACAGAAUUCUAACGACUGACGAGCUCAAUAACCUUGGAAGAGAUAUGGAGAGUCCAGAAGCGGGGGAAAUUAAGAGAAAGAAGCUAGAGGCAAAAAUGAAGGUAUGGCUUUUUGUUAAUAAACAUAUGCCACUACAACUACUGCCGGUUCUCAGUCCUAGUCAGGCGAAAAGUCUAAAGGAGGCCAUAACAGAUGCACAGGCAUGGUUGAAGAAUAGUGAACUGCCAGAAGUAAGAGCUUCUGAGCUUAAAUUGGUUGAACUGCAGGCGACUUGUUUUCUGAUUUUACAAUUGAGAGAUCGAAUAAGAAUGUCUCAGACAAUUGGAUGUAUAUGA